GCAAUGAGGCCUGUGUCUGGUUGUGUGAAGCCCAGCCCACUAGCUGCCGAGCCCAUGUCUUAGCGUUUGCUGCUGCCGCCUCUGCCAUGGCGCCGCCGCAAAGCAUUGCCGCCGCCGCCGCCCUCGCCGCCACGGCCGCUGCCGUCGUCCUCUCAAGCCUGCUCUACGGGCGAAAAUGCGGCCGCCUGGCCGCGCGGGUUCGCGAGCUGGAGGCCGCGCUGGCGGCCGCCGCGGAGAAGGCUGCCUCCGAGCGCCGCGGCAGGGUGCGCGCCCAGCAGUCGUUGAGGAGGGCUCUGAGCGAGCGGGAGCCCCGCUCAGGCGAGGCGACGCCGGCCAAGGCCGCCGCCGCCCCGGUAUCAUACCCGAUGGCGCCCAUCGGCACUGUCCAAUCUUGCUUCUCCACUAGGAAUGGAACACCAAGGCAACCUUUGGUGGUGACGCUGGCCAGGGCAACUGUGGCGCUUGAUCCAGCUCGAGUCCCAGCUGCAGCGCUGGAGGGACUUGCUAGUUACUCGCAUUGCUGGAUCCUUUAUGUUUUCCAUCUCAACACGGAUCUUGAUAAAAUAUGGAAAGAUCCUGCCAGGUCCAAGCUAAAAGCAAAAGUAAGGGUACCGAGACUGAAAGGGGGCAAGAUGGGAGUUUUGGCAACUAGGUCGCCACACCGUCCUAAUCCAAUUGGACUCAGUGUAGCGAAGGUAGAGGCGGUGGAUGGGCAUGCUGUUUUGCUUUCUGGAGUAGAUUUGGUUGAUGGAACGCCUGUUCUUGAUAUUAAACCGUACCUGCCAUAUUCUGAUAGUGUUAAAGGUGCAGCUGUUCCUGGUUGGUUAGAGCAGGUUGAUGGUGCAUUAGCCGUGGAGUCUAUCCAUUUUUCUGAACAGUUCAUUUCUGCGCUUCCCCUUUGCUGGGUGCAUGCACAAAAGCAGUCACUCUAUGCAUCAGCAGAUGAGUUUCAGGAUCUGAUCAAGCAGGUCCUCUCUUGGGACAUCAGAUCCCUCUCCCAGCGGAUCCGCCCCCAUCAAGUAAACAUUGAAACCGAAACCAAUCACCAUUAUGGUGAAGAAGCUGAUGAGAACCAUGUGGAUGGAGCGUGUUCUGGCGUCAUCUACCACCUCCAUCUCGAAGGCAUCGAUGUGUCAUACAGGAUAGAUCAAGGCUCCAACAUCGUCGUUGAGGACGCCACCCUUCUUCCUGGUGCCGGGAACCAGAACCGGCACGGUUACUUGGCGUGGAGGGAUAAACUUGGUUGUAGCUGUUUGUAGCAUGGCCGUUGUUCUCUCUGUGUUUUCUCAUCCUCCACGUGUGGGUGGAUGUUGUGAUGCUGAGGCGGUGACGAAUGCUAAUCUCUGAACUGAAAAAUGUUGAGCAGCUCCACUGUUGUUGCCCCAAAGUUCCUUGCCAAAGGUGCGCGACUGUUGACAUUGGAACGACCAGCGUCCAAGAAAUUUAUCACAAUAUGGAAAUAGUGAAAAAUUGUACUUAGAGUGAUGAAUUUUGUCAUCACAAAUGGGCUGAUCCCUUGUAGUAUACGAUGGCGCCACUAUGAAUUCUCCUCUCUUGUUGGUUCAUUUUUGUUUUGUCAUUGCAAAGGUUGCCUAUUCAUUUGCCUCGAUACUUCGACACCGCUAGCCGCCUCAACCCAACCCCACCACGCGCAGCAGACGGCCGGAGGAUCGUAAUUUCCUCGAAUCACAAGCUCGUUGUGUGGGGACGGUGGGCGUGAUAUUCCUUACUUCCUCCGGCUGCAGCUGCUUCUGCUUCCCUGGCUGGCUGCCCACCUUCUCGCUUGCCUUGCCUAAUCCACCUGAAACGCCCGUGGCGCUGGCAGCCGUACUCCGGGCGCUCAUGCUUCGCUUCGUAUGCUUAGCACGUGACUGGAGCGGCAACUACCCGUGAUUCCGGAAUGUGCGUGCGCGGUCGAGAUGUCGAUGGAUUGCUGUGGAUAGAGCGUUGUGCAAUCGGCUGCAGUUGAUGCAGCGCAGGUGUUCGACGGAAUGCCAACCAGACGAUUCUGUUUCUUGUUCAUUUGUGUUUUUCUAUAUAUUAUUAUGGGAUGCAGUUUCUCUAACAAGGAGUAGUGGAUGCGGUUUGGUACCACAGCAGUUUUUUUUUUCAGAUUAGUGUCUGCAUAGGCAAUUUUCAAGUUGUUAUCAGGAGAUUGUUUCAAGUGUCACAAUGGAGUCCUGACCAACAGUUGAAGCCAAUAAAAUGCAAAUUUAUUCACUUGCAAGUUGGGCAACCAGCUCUUGGCAGGUUGUUUACAAGAAAUUCUUGACUCCUAGGAUUUGGUGAGUUCAUUGGCUUUUGGGACUGAGUUCAUUGGCGGCUGAACCAUCACAAGCAGCUGUGCUUGUGUGAGGAUUUCUAUUACGCAUCUGUUCUGAACCAGUUUCCUCAUGCAGCUCUUGGUUUUCUUCUCCAUCUCCUCUAAACUGAACACAUUCCUCAGUUACUACUCGAUUUCCUUCUUGAGGCUCAUUAUUUUCUUCAUCUGUUCUGUUUUCCCCUAUCUGCUUGUUAUCAUUUUUCAUGUUUGUGGACCUGUGCUGCUUCUUGUAGGCGUAAAUUAUCAAUGCUAUAAAAAGAGAAGAAGUUGAAGCAGCUCCAGUUAGGAUGAACAGUCCCCUAAAGUUGUCAAAGGUGAGGCUACUUGAACCUGUGACAGGACCUACGUUCUGGCAGUCAUUUUGAUAUUCAAUCCAUUUUUUCUCAAUUUGAAUCAUAGUAUCUCCCCCUGUUACAUUGAGCAUUGCCUUUGAGAGGUCACCAAGUAGAGGAUUUCCCUUUGCAAGUGCCUGGACAAAGAACAUAGCCAUUUUAAUGACUCAUGCUACUAUGACAGCAGUGGUUCAUGUCUUGUUUUAUGUGAUGAUAGUUAAACAAUACUUCAUUUUUGCUUAUGUCUAGACUAUAGACAUUCUGAUAAGACACAAGAAUUUAUCAGGCCAUAAAAGGCUAUGAGAAAAACUAUAGGAUGUUGUUUUUCACAUGAAUGCUAUGCCUUUUUUUCCCUUUCCUUUUCUAAUUAGUCAACAGACUGACUCAUUCAUAGUAUCUCUAGAGAUGUAGUGUAAAAGAAGCAUAUUAAUUUGAUGCAAUUCAACUUACAUAUCCAAAACCUGCAGCCUUAUAAAUUGGUCCAACCAUAGUGUAACCUUUGCAGUGGUUUGCAGGGAACAGUUUAAUAUAUGGAACUUCAUGCGCGAGAGCAGCAAUACCACCAUUGCUGCUUCCUCUUGAAAGUGCUUUGUGAAAAUCAUCAGGGGUAUCAUAGGGCUUGAUCUUAGAUCUAUCAAAACCUAUUUCUUCUAAAAGUCCCUUGACAUACGAGCCACGAUGGUAUCCUACAUUUUCUCCAUUUUUUAGGAGUUCUUGGAUAUGAUUUACAGUAGGUUGAAGCUGUUGUACGGUCAAUAUUGAUGUCAAGUUUGCUGUGUAACUUGAUGUAACAACCAGAAGAAAACACAGCCAUACAAUCAUCACUAUCCGAGAUAAAAAGCGUUCCACGAUCUCUUUUGCAACAACUAUGAUAAAUUAGUUAAUAUUUUUACCCAUGUCAAAUGCAACUUUAUGUCUGCAAUAUACAGAUCAUAGCAAUUCAUCUGGUAACUUUUUGUAAUUACAGGACUGUUCACUGGUGUGAAUAUUCCUUGGUAUAGUGUACGAUAGCCAUCAUGUGCUUGCUCUCUUUUUUGUUGGCUGAAUAUGGAUUAUUACUUACUAAACUACAGAUAAUACAAAGUUACUAAACAUUUGUUAGCCAUCAUUUUUCUUUUUGUGAGAGCCAUUUACUUACCAUUUGUAGGCUUGUAACUAAAUUUUUUCUUGUCCACUGUCAGUUUCUAGUUGUAAUUUGCUGUGCUGACUCACAGCAUGUACUGCAGCACCAUAUAGAAGUUUAGAAAUGGUCACAUGUAUUUUCUAUACUUAAGAAAGAUAGCACUAAGUAACUAAUGUUACUACGUACUAUGGCUAUGUUAUGGCAAGUGGGCCGGUCCCAGCAUUAAGUUGCCAGUUUGGCAGCUUCGGGAUAAAGUUUAUUAGUUUGUUCAGGUUUUGCUAGCAGAUAGGAUUGAUUCAUUAGUUGGAUAGGAAUAGGAUUUAUUAUUAGGUCCCUGGUCUAUAAAAGCAGCCGAUGAUUCCUAGGUUCGGCAAGCAAAGAAGAAGCUUAAUCUACUUAAUUAGGUUACUCAGGGCCUCCUUCAUGAGGGCGAGUAUGCUUCUGCCUCUUACUACCCUAGCCAACCUAUCUACCACAUCAGGCUAAUUAUUAAGGAUAGCGUACCCGAACUGCAUAACAAGUUAACUCUAACAACAUGAUUCCUUACUCCAGGAAUUUCAUUAUGUUGUGAAAAUUCAUUUAGAUCCAUGGUUAGAACAUAAAAAAAUGUGAAAUAAGAUAACCUUCAAUGAAUAGUAAUUUUGCUACUAGAUUGCAGUUAGUAGAUACUGAAAUUUCAUAUAACAUAGUAGGUCAAUAAUGUUUGUGAGUUUUGUGGAUAUCACAGUUUUGAGAAAACCUGGUGAUUAGAUAAGAAUUCUUUUUAUGAAACUUAUUGCAAGAAUCUUAGUAGUAAAUAAUUGCAGUUAGAAGAAACUUUAGCAUUGCGUCAGGCUUAACAACAUAAAACAAAUCUGCAUGCAUGUUCAUGAACUUUCUUUUUAUCGGAUUGCAAUCUGUAAAUUUUUGUGUUUUUAAUUUUCCUAGUUAAUGUAAGAUAGACGCAUACUUAUCUUUUUGCUAACACCAAUGUGUAGCUCUCUUAAUUACAUUAUGAACAUCCCAUAGAGAUUUUUCAUCUUUAUACUAAAUGUUGUAUUUCAUGAUAUAUUUGGAGGAAAAAACUAAUGUGACAAGUGCACUCAACUCUCUUCAAAUAGGGAGAAAAAGAUCAUAAUCCCGAGCUGUCUGGUAAUUGGUCCACGAACAUUCUUGUUGUUGCCUAGAAACUCCAAUGAUAAUACCACUACACCAGUGUAGAUAAAGAACACGAUGCUCCCAAGCCACAUGCCAGGUGUUAGUGGCUUCAAGAAGAUCCAUGUGUUCUUGUUUACAGGGUCCUUCACAGGAACCACCAUUGCUAUCCCUGAUUCUGUGUAUGGCACAGUAAAGUCAGCAUAGAAAGUUCGGUUAUACCUGAUUGUUAUAUCUCCAAUUACUAUAUCAUAUACCUGUAAGGCAUAAAAAAAAGUUUAGUCCACUAGUUAGAACAAAAUGCUGGGCUUAAUGGAUUUUUAUUAAAUAUAAUAAAAUAAUGUCAUAUCAGCACUCAAUAAACAAUUGUAGUAUAUGUUGUUCUUAUGAAGAAAAUAAUUUUCUAUCAUAGAUUCUUGCUAUUCUAUUGGGUUCUAUAAUCAACAACCUAGGAUCAUGCAGCUGAUGCUAUGCAACUAAUGUGAUUUUAGCCUGGAGAACUAUAUAGCGUGCUGAUUUUCUCUGUUAUGAUUUAACAACAAAGAAUGAAAUCAGUAUACAUGAAAAACUAUGUGCAAGUUUGGCUGAUGCUUCAAGGCUCCAAUGGUUUACAGUUUACUUACUUACUAAAGAAAGUCAAGUAGGACACAUUUUGGUCCUAGACUUAUUAUACCUUAAGAUAAACUUGAUAGACAAAAUCAUCGUAGCUUCCACUACUUGUAUCCUCCGGAGAGCCAAAUAAUACAUAUUCAUAAGGCACUGUGUAUGGAAGUAUCUUUACUGCCUCUUCAAAUACGUCAACUGAAAGGCCAGUUGCUUUAGUUGCACCUGUGAUUUGAUCCUUCUCAACCUUUAUAAAUUGUUGAUAUCCACUUGAGUGUACACCAACUCGAAGUUUCUUCCCAUUUGCAGGAACCUCAAAGCCUCGAGCCCUCGAGGUAUGUCUAUGGAUUCUCCUGGCCAGAUCACAGGAUUAAGAUCUGGCAGUAAUCUUGAAUGUAUUUUUGUUGAUUUUGAUUGAUUUAAUCUCCGUAAAAGUCCAUUUUGUGCUGUCCAAAAUCCAAAUUCUCUCCAUCCUCUCCCAAUUAUAUUUAUUAUUUGAAAUGUUGAAAUGGCCAGCUGCCUAUCUGAAAGGUCAAACCUGCCACUCAAACCUAUAAAUUUACUCUGCAAGAUUUCCUUCAAGAGUUCUGGACCAUUACUAGAUGUCUCCAAGGUUUCCAAGUCUGUUGAUUUUUGUUUGGAUAUUGGUUUCUGAAAUGUGGUAUUGGCAAGUCCAACCUUUUCUGCAGCUUGUGCUAGUGCCCAGAUUGUAUCAUAGCCCCACAGUCCAAAUAUGCUCAAUUUCAAUGGUGGAUCCGUCGGGUUGUCAAUUUGGUACCUCAUAUUCCACCUUAUAGUGAAGUUGUUCAGUUUUGUUGAUUUGGGAACAUAAAAUUGGACACCCAAGGCACCGUCGAUUCCACAACAGAAGGAUGCAGAGAAUCUAUGAGAUUGGAUACUCCAUCAGUUAUGAUCCAUACAUAUCCUUUUUCCAUCAUUCCUACUUCUUUUGCCUUUAUGAAGAGGGUGGAGGCCAACGCCGAGGACAUGUGCACAAUAUAGACCCUUGUUUGCAUUGUCAUUAACUUGUAUAGUUCUUUAGAAAUUUGUUCACUAGUUGCUGACAGAGGAAUCACACUGCGGUAGGGAACAUUAACAUUAUCUUCUUGGAGGACAUCAACAAGGUAUGGUAUGAUACCUCUACCAUAUUCAGUGUCUUCAUAGAUAGGCACCGCCUUUCUCCAUCCAUAUGCCUUAAUGGUUGAGGCAAUGCAACUCACUUGUGCUGAGUCAUUUAAUGUUGCUCGGACAAAAUAUGGAAGACUGCUAGGGGAUAUAGUUGGGCUUGUUACAGUGAACGAGAUGAUUGGAACAUGACUUUUAGUUCCAAGGUCUGAUAUAAAUAUAGCCUGUGAAGAUUUCUCAGGACCAAUGAUAGUUUCUACUUUGUAAUUCUCCAGCAAAUCAAGUUUCUACUUUGUAAUUCUCCAGCAAAUCAAGAGCUGCAAAAUAGCAUACAAAGAUAAACUUUGCUACAAGAUCAAUCGUUAUCAAUGAAAUUAUGAAAAUAUAGUAAGUUGCACAAUAAAACCCCUCAAAUACUUGGAGUUGAUUAGGAACAUGACAAUCCAUGUUGCAAGGAUGCAUGCCACGAGUGAAACAAAUCAUAGCACAUAAGUUCCUGAACUGCUACAUGCAGAAAGUUAUUGAUGCACCUGCAGUGUCGGAAUAGGCUGUUUGCAGAAAAAAAUGCCACUUCAAACAAAUUUAAGAAAGAGAAAUAGGUAAUUAAGGUUUACUCGUCUGUUGCCACUAUGGUUGACUGAUUCAAAGUUAGGUUAGUUUAUCUUCCCCCUAUCAUCCUAUGUACCGUGGCCUCUCAAUGGCUGCAUUCCCAAUUAGUUGUUUACCUUCUAUGCACAGAAUGAUUUUUUUGGUCAGUCUUUCUAUGAUCUCAUGAAGUAAUGUAUUGUCUGUCCAAAAAAAUGUCAUGUUAUUGUUAGCGAACAGUAGUGCUUCUUUGCAUGUGUGCUCUCCCAUGGCCACUUAGUCGUGCUGAAUGAUUUUUUAUGGAUUUAUGCUUUAAAAUAAAAGGAUUGUGGACAAUGGAGCAAUUGUGGGUGCAACUUUCCAUUCAGCAGCACCAAAGUAACAAAGUUAUGCAAUGCGCACACCGCAAGGUUUUAGAACAUCUACCUUCAGCUGCAGCUCGGACAUCAUUGCUCAUGGAAUCCCUGAUGUGGAGAACAAGCUUUGUGCUGUAGUUUCGGUGGGCAGAAUAGAAGUCUUCUAGAGCCAUUGAAAUGCUGGUAAUUGCUAUUUUGCCGACCAAGGACCCCAAGUCAAGGAUGACUCCAACAUGUACCUCAUGUGCUCCUCCAGAAGCAUUUUGUGCAACACCAAUGCUGGCUGAUAUCAGGAGGAGCAGGAUGAUUCUGUUUGCUAUCUCCAUCUGGGGAGUUGUCAGUGACAGGUGCAAUUUCACCUUGGAAGAAGAAGUCCACCUACAGCGUGAUCUGGCCAUAAAAAAUUCAGUUCUUUCUCCCUUGGUGGUGUAUGGUGAAACUUCGAGGCAAGGAUUGGCGAGAAGGUCAAGGAGAUGAACCGAUGAAGCAUGCAGGUUUAUGUAUUUUGAGUCAAUAACUGGAUCAUGCUCUGAAAAGGAAGGGGAGAAAACAUCUCUUGGGUAUCGGCUUUUGUUUGUCAAAUACUCAAAUGUCAAUUCUAUCCUUUUCUUUUUAGGGAAAAGUUCAAUUU